CCUCCUCCUCGAAGACCGGGGGCGUGGAAGUUCAAACUUGAUUCUGAACGUUUAAACACGCGACUUUAUUGUACCGAUUUUCUUUUCAAGCAGUUGAAAGGCUAAGGGUACAGGAUGACUACCUACAUGGACAGAGGUGAAAAGCACGACCACGGCAAGUUCGUCUGUUUCGACCACAUCACAUUCUGGGUUGGAAAUGCCAAACAGGCAGCAUCUUACUAUUGUAACAAGCUUGGAUUUGAACCGUUGGCCUAUCGGGGUUUAGAGACAGGCUGCCGGGAUGUGGUGUCCCAUGUGGUCAAACAAGACAAGAUUAUUUAUGUAUUCGCAUCCGCUCUCAAUCCUGGAAACAAAGAAAUGGGGGAGCAUUUGGUCAAACAUGGGGAUGGAGCCAAGGACAUUGCAUUCACUGUGGAGAACUGUGAUUACCUUGUGCAGAAAGCCAGAGAGCGUGGUGCCAUCAUAGUGAAAGAGCCGUAUGUACUGGAGGACAAAUAUGGCAGGGUAAAACUAGCUGUUCUCCAGACGUAUGGGGACACCACACACACAUUUGUGGAGAGGACUGCCUACAAUGGGCUGUUCCUCCCAGGGUUCCAUACUCCUCUCCACCGGGACCCCUUGUUGGCCAAGCUACCCAGUGGAUUACUGAACUUCAUUGACCAUGUUGUGGGGAACCAGCCGGAUGAUGAGAUGGUGCCUGUAGUGGAAUGGUACCAGAAAAACCUGCUCUUCCACCGGUUCUGGUCAGUAGACGACAAGCAGCUGCAGACAGACUUCAGUGCGCUGCGCUCCAUUGUUGUGGCCAAUUAUGAAGAGACAGUGAAGAUGCCCAUUAAUGAGCCAGCCAUGGGUAAACGCAAGUCCCAGAUCCAGGAGUAUGUGGAGUACUAUGGUGGCCCAGGUGUCCAGCACAUCGCCAUGAACACAUCAGACAUCAUCACCGCAAUCCGUAACCUGAAGGAGCGUGGCAUGGAGUUCAUGUGUGUGCCAGACACCUACUACCAGCUGCUGAGAAAGAAUCUCCAACAAUCGCAGGUCAGGGUCACUGAGGACCUGGACAUUCUGGAGGAGCUGAAGAUCUUAGUGGAUUUUGAUGACAAUGGCUACCUGCUCCAGAUCUUCACCAAGCCUGUUCAGGACCGUCCCACAGUGUUCCUGGAGGUCAUUCAGAGACACAACCAUCAGGGCUUUGGUGCAGGCAACUUCAAGGCUCUUUUCGAGGCCAUCGAGGCAGACCAGAACGCUAGAGGAAACUUGACUAUCCUGAAACCUAAUGGAGUGUCUAACCAAAUUUGAAGUACCGCUCUGAUUUACACGAUUGAUAUAAUGUCCAUCAUCUCUGAAGCUUACAUUUAAUUUAGAACUAUUGAAAAUAAAUAACCAGAAUCUAGUUGAAUGACUUUGAUGGAUAAAUUGCUGCUCUAUGCACACACUAUUCAAAUUUAAAUUAUGAUUGACAUGCCUUCUGGAGUCAAACAUAGGAAUGAUUGUUACUUAUUCAAAUAAUAUAGUGAUGCUAAAAUAACAUAAAAAUAUAUUUGACUUGAUGCCAAUUUUAAAUACAGUGAUUUCAGAAAGUUUUCAUACCCCUUGACUUAUUCCACAUUUUGUUGUGUUACAGCCUGAAUUCCAAAUGGAUUAAAAAAAUAAUAAUUGUCACCCGUCAUAUGAAGAGUGGUACUCAGUGAUGUGUUGGAUUUGCCCCAAACAUAACGCUUUGUAUUCAGGAUAUAAAGUACAUUUCUUUGCUAUAUUUUUUUUUGUUCUACUUUAGUGCUUCAUUGCAAACAGGAUGCAUGUUUUGGAAUAUUAUAUUUUGUACAGGCUUCCUUCUUUUCACUCUGUCCUUUAGGUUAGUAUUGUGGAGUAACUACAAUGUUGUUGAUCCAUCCUCAGUUUUCUCCUAUCACAGCCAUUCAACUCUGUAACUGUUUUAAGUCUCCAUUGGCCUCAUGGUGAAAUCCCUGAGCGGUUUCCUUCCUCUCCGGCAACUGAGUUAGGAAAGACGCCUGUAUCUUUGUAGUGACUGGGUGUAUUGCUACAACAUCCAAAGUGUAAUUAAUAACUUCACCAUGCUCAAAGGGACAUUCAAUGUCUGCUUCUUUUUGUUUUGUUUUUACCCAUCUACCAAUAGGUGCCCUUCUUUGUGACACAUUGGAAAACCUCCCUGGUCUUUGUGGUUGAAUCUGUGUUUGAAAUUCACUGCUCGACUGAGGAACCUUACAAUUAUCUGUAUGUGAGAGAUGAGGUAGUCAUUUAAAAGUUAAACACUAUUAUUGCACAAAGACUGAGGCCAUGCAACUUACUAUGUGACUUCUUAAGCAAAUUUCUACUCCUGGACAUAUUUAGGCUUGCCAUGACAAAUGGGUUGAAUACUGAUUGACUCAAGACAUUUCAGCUUGACAUUUUUAAUACAUUUGUAAACAUUUCUAAAAACAUAAUUCCACUUUGACAUUAUGGGGUAUUGUGUGUGGCCAAAAUCUCAAUGUAAUAAAUUCAGGCUGUAAUGCAAAAUAAUAUGGAAAAAGUCAAGGAGUGUGACAACUUUCCGAAGGCUGUGUGUUUGUUUUUGGCUUAGAAAACACAUUUUUGUGACAAUCAAAGUAUGAUCAAAUAUGUUGAUGUACAAUUCAAAGUAACAGAAAAAGAGCAGACAUCAUCAUUAGAUUUGAGCCAGCUAUGUUAUCAAAUCUGGUAUUAACAAGCAAUUUUUAAGUAUGACAUUAACUCUGUUGUCUUAGCUUCACAUUGUCUUAUUUGCCUUACUUCUGGAAAAAAAUCAUAUUUAAGUGGAAGGAAGUAAUAAACCACAACAUAUGACUCAAUAAGAUGCACAAUGACAACAUGUCAGUUUAUUGUAUCCUUUCCAUGAACUAAAAGUAUUUUUUACACUUCACUUGUUCAUUUUGAUUCCCCCAAUUGCUUUCGUAAACCUUUUUACUUUGGAUACUUUCAUACAUUUUUAAGUGCAUGUAAUAAAAAUACAACUGCA